AUGAGCUCAGUCUCCAGCCCUGCCGCCGACCAUUCUGUCGACCUCCCUGCCGAUCAGCCACACCUCUCCCAGGCUUCCGGUACUCCGCCCCCCUUGGCUCUGGCUGCUGGAACGGAAAGCAGCGAUAAUGUCACGAUACUUAAAGAGAACGUCAGGCCGGUCGAUGGGAAGGCUGUAGAUAAAAAGACAGUGUAUUCGGGGCCGAAUACUGGGUCGAUACAGGAGGAACUAGACGACUUUGGGCUGCCAAUCCGCGUACGUCCUAAGAGAGUGUCCUCAGACAGCGAGGAGACAUUUCAGGAUGUCGCUGAACUACCCGGGGGUACAGAUGAUGAUGGUGAUUUGGGCAGACGUGGAGGUCAACAAGCUACGCCAGAGGAGUUGGCUACGAGUGAUCGGGUAGGGGAAAAAUCCCAGGUAGCGGAAAAGGAAGUGAAUGAGGUUCCAUCGUUGCAGUCUAUGACAUCUACGUCGCCUAAUCAUGAGCCCCCCGUUCAAGAGCCAGCGGAGGCUUCCACAGCUAGCGAAAAGCGUGCUCUUUCCGACCACCCGUCCCAUCUUCCGGAAGAUGAACCGCCGCCGCCGUACACGGAGAACCCAGCUCAGGAAUUACCCGAGGCUAGUACCGAACGUACCUCUAUACAGAAGAAACGUGCAUCUGUGAAGCCAUCCGAGUGGUCACAUCAGCAUCUGUAUGGGGCCGGGGAUGCGGAAGAUGAAAGCGAAGAAGAAGAGGACGAUGGGGGCUGGAAAGAUAUGCCUGCCGUGGGCGAAUUCGAUGUAUAUGAUGACUAUGGCCGGCUUGUUGCCCGUGGCACGAAGCCGGAGGACAGCGAAGCAGUGUACAGCGGCCUUGGAGGUGCAGGAAAGGGAUACACUCGAGUACAGCUGGACGAAGAUGCUCAAUCAGCGACUAGUUUGGAUGAAGAUACGAGCUAUCUCUUCAAAGAAUCUGCCGCCAAUGCCGCUGGUAUGGAAGAGGAGCUGCGUGACCCUGUUAGCCAAUUGCAAGCCACGAAAGACCUUCUUACUGAGAGCCAGAGGAUAGCAUAUGUCGGGGUAACUAGGCUGACUAUACAUCAAAUGACUUUGGACGUGGAGAAGAUCCCACCGAUUAAGGGCACGCGCAAGGCAAGACAAGCUGGCGUCGACUCGAUGCGGAAGUGGGGUCAAGCAAUGAUGGCCAGGCUCUAUUCCCACAUGGACAUUGACACCGCGGAGCAGGUGAUGAUCGAGCAGUUGGCAGGACAUGGCGUGCAACCGGCCGACCUUGUCCGGCCGCUCAUGAGCAACGCUCGUGUCACGAAUCCUCUGGCAGAAGAACCCGAAACGCCCAAGAAAACCAUGUCCUUGCCCACCUCGCCCAGGCCGAGGGAGGACUACCGAAGCAGCAUAUCUACCGAGGUCGACAGAUCCUCGAGGUCAACAUCCCCACCGCCUUAUGAAACCCACGAGGGAGAAGAUCUGCCAGAGGUCCGAACCCCAUCUCAGCUGCCCACGUCAGCGAAGAUCGACAUUGAUCUCCGAUGGACAGUGCUCUGCGAUCUGUUCCUCGUUCUCAUUGCAGAUUCGGCCUAUGAUGCGCGGUCGCGGACAUUGCUCGAAAGGGUUGGUGCGUCGAUGGAAGUGUCAUGGCUGCAAAUUGCCCGCUUCGAAAAGCGCGUCAUAGAUGCCCUCGAGAUGCAGGAAGCCGCAGAAAAGGAGACGUGGGAUGAAUCGGAGCAUAUGGAGAAGCGACGAAAGAUGGCCCUCAAACGGAAGUAUAUGGUCAUGGGCUUGGCCACCGUUGGUGGUGGUCUAGUGAUUGGCCUCUCUGCCGGGUUGUUGGCCCCAGUCAUCGGCGCUGGCAUAGCAGCUGGAUUCACGACAGUCGGCAUUACAGGGACGAGCGCAUUUCUGGGCGGUGCUGGAGGUACAGCGCUGAUUGCCUCCGGUGCUACCUUGACUGGAGGCACCAUCGGGUUGCGUGCGUCACAGAAACGUACGGGACCUGUUCAGACCUUCGAAUACCGCCCCUUGCACAACAAUAAGAGGGUUAAUCUUAUUAUCACCGUGGCUGGUUGGAUGACGGGUAAGGUAGAUGACGUCCGAUUGCCGUUCAGUACGGUCGAUCCCAUUAUGGGCGAUCUAUACUCGGUCUUGUGGGAACCCGAGAUGCUCCGGAGUAUGGGUGAUACCAUCAAUAUUCUCGCUACGGAGGCCUUGACUCAGGGAUUGCAACAGGUUCUGGGGCAAACCGUCCUGGUUGCUUUGAUGGCAUCUCUACAACUACCUCUUGUUCUGACCAAGCUGUCCUAUCUGAUCGACAACCCUUGGAACGUGUCGCUUACCCGCGCCAACGCAGCCGGACUUAUUCUGGCCGACUCGCUGAGAGACCGCAAUCUCGGGAAGAGGCCUGUAACCCUUCUCGGAUACUCGCUGGGCUCCCGGGUCAUCUUUUCUUGCCUCAAAGAGCUUGCCGACAGGGGUGCUCAUGGGCUAAUUCAGAACGUGUAUAUGUUUGGGUCACCGAUCGUGGCCAACAGGGAAGAGUACUUGAAAGCCCGCAGUGUGGUGUCCGGUCGAUUCGUCAAUGGAUACGCCUCGAAUGAUUGGAUCCUCGGGUACCUGUUCCGCGCCACGAGUGGUGGUAUCAUGCGAGUGGCGGGUCUCGCUCCAGUGGAUCGGGUUCCGGGCCUGGAGAACUUCGAUGUCACCAAAAUCGUGAAUGGCCAUAUGGACUACCGUACCGCCAUUCCUCGGCUGUUGAAGGAGGUGGGCUGGGAAGUGCUGAGCGAAGAAUUUGCCGAAAUCGAGGAUCCCGAUCCCGAAAAUCAUGCCGAGCGGCAACGAGAAUUGAUUCGGGAGAUCGAUGAGGCGCGACGGGAGGCAGAGCUCAAGCCGGAGAAGAAGCGAUUCGGGCUGUUCAAACGCGGGAAAUUGGCACAGAAGAAAGGCUGGGAAACAUAUGACGUGGAACGCAACAAUGCCAUGCCCCGGAGUCCCAAUGAGAAUGCUGCCGGGUCGGUCCUGUUCGAUAUCGACGCCAUCAGAGCCGAAUUGGCCUCGGAGAACCUCGAAGUCAGGCAGCUUGAAUCGACGCUCCCCCCGAUGAAAUUAGAUUUGAGUUCUCCAGCGAGCCCUUCUCCUUCUGCACCACCUUCAACGGUCAAAGAACUGAAGAGCGCCGAAGUGCCAGCGCCUCCGGCCCGGACGCCGCCGACUUACAGUCCCUCUCGGGAUGUCUAUGCUCCUACGCACCAUGAGGAGGAACUAGAGAUGACCUUUGACACGUCCUUUCACGAUACCCCACCACGCUCUCAUUCUUCUUUCGAGCCUGCCGCCUCUUACGAAGCCCCCCCGUCGAGGCCGGAGCUUCGGUCUUCCGUCACGAUGCCGGCCCUCGGGGCCAGCACGCUUGGAGCUAUAGCUCUGGAGCCUAAUGCAUGGGCCGAGCAUGAAGAGGAGGAAAUCCAGAUGACGUUUGAGUGA